AUGGCGAUGGCAACGGCAACGACGACUAUGGCUGCAACAGCUGCUGCUAAGUUUAUAAAGAGGGGAGGGAGUACGCAAAUGCUCCUUUCCAAAUCCAAACCGGCAAUCUCCUCCUCAUUCUCAUCGUCUUCAUGCCAUUGCUGCCACAUUAUUCCUAGGAAGAAACCCAUAAACAAUAUUCCACUACCAAUUUCAUUUCCAGCAGCAGCACACAAUUACCAUCUCCAUCAUUCAUUUUGCACCACUGCAAACGUGAAUGCGGAUGCCAUCACUACAUCACAAUCAGGCGGAGGCGGAGGAGAUGAUACAAGUGAUGAUUCUAGUAGUAGUAUGAGUAAAAUCAAAGAUGCAGGCAACCUGCUCGACAUAAGGGUUGGGCGCAUCAUCAAAGCGUGGAGACACGAGGAGGCUGAUUCCCUCUACGUGGAACAAGUGGAUGUGGGUGAGGCAGAACCUCGAAUCAUCUGCAGCGGUCUCGUUAAAUACAUCCUUCUUGACCAUCUCCAGGAUAGAAAUGUGGUGGUGCUUGCUAAUCUGAAGCCCAGGAACAUGAGGGGUGUUAAGUCAAGUGGAAUGCUGAUGGCUGCUUCUGAUGCCUCCCAUGAGAAUGUUGAGCUUCUUCACCCUCCUGAUGGUUCAAUCCCUGGGGACAGGAUCUGGUUUGGAUCCCCUGAUGACCAAACCAACCUUCCCGAUCCUGCCUCUCCUAACCAGAUUCAAAAGAAAAAGAUUUGGGAGUCAGUGCAGCCUCAUCUAAAGACUGACGAUUCUUGUAUAGCAAUCCUUGGAGGGGAAUAUUUUAUGCGGACAUCUACUGGGGUGGUUGCAUCCAAAUCUUUAAGUAAUGCCAAUAUCUCUUGA